CACGAGCUGCAGAAAGUGGCGCAGGCGCCACAGCAAGCUCGCGAGAGAACGUGCCGGAGCCCGGGCGGCCGGCGCCAGCUGUCGAUCAUCUCGCUCCGCCCCCCGUCGGCGCGCCCCCGGGGAGGCCACGCCCCCGGCGCUGGCCGGGCGGGAAGCGAACGCGCGCUCCCUCCCGUUACCCUCCGCCUGGGGGGAGGGUGGGGGAAGCGGAGACGCGCGCUCUCGAGCUGCGUGCUCGCGUACGUCGCCGGGGUUCGGCUGCGUCCGUCCCGCCGCCCGCCCGUUGCCGCCGUCGCCGCGCUUUCGCUUCGCCGGCCGCCGCCUAAGGGGGGCCGGGGCCGGGGACAGCCGCCACCGCCGUUGCCGGGAUGCCGCGGGUAUACAUCGGCCGCCUGAGCUACCAGGCCCGGGAGCGCGAUGUGGAGCGCUUCUUUAAGGGCUACGGGAAGAUCCUGGAGGUGGAUCUGAAGAACGGAUAUGGUUUUGUGGAGUUUGAUGAUCUGCGUGAUGCAGAUGAUGCUGUUUAUGAACUGAAUGGCAAAGACCUUUGUGGUGAGCGAGUAAUUGUUGAGCAUGCCCGCGGCCCUCGGCGAGACGGCAGUUACGGUUCUGGACGCAGUGGAUAUGGGUAUAGAAGAAGUGGCCGAGAUAAAUAUGGCCCUCCUACCCGCACAGAGUACAGACUUAUUGUGGAGAAUUUGUCAAGUCGAUGCAGCUGGCAAGACCUAAAGGAUUAUAUGCGUCAGGCAGGAGAAGUGACCUAUGCAGAUGCUCACAAGGGACGAAAAAAUGAAGGGGUGAUUGAAUUUGUAUCUUAUUCUGAUAUGAAAAGAGCUUUGGAAAAAUUGGAUGGAACUGAAGUCAAUGGCAGAAAAAUCAGAUUAGUUGAAGACAAGCCAGGUUCUAGACGGCGCCGGUCUUACUCCAGGAGCCGUAGUCAUUCAAGGUCUCGCUCUCGGAGCAGACAUUCCCGGAAGAGCAGAAGCCGAAGUGGCAGUAGCAAAAGCAGUCAUUCUAAGAGCCGAUCCCGGUCCAGGUCAGGCUCCCACUCCCGGAGCAAGAGCCGCAGCCGCAGCCAGAGCCGCAGCCGCAGCAAGAAGGAGAAAAGCAGGAGCCCCAGCAAGGAUGACAAGAGCCGCAGCCGCAGCCGCAGCGCCGACAAGAGCCGCAGCAAGAGCAAAGACCACGCCGAAGACAAAGUCCAGAACAGCGACAGCACCGCGAAACCCAAGAGCCGGAGUCCCAGCCGCCAUAAAAGUAAGAGCAAAAGCAGGAGCCGCAGCCAGGAGCGGAGGGUAGAGGAGGAGAAGCGCGGGAGCCGGAGCCGCAGCCAGGAGAAGGGCCGGAGCCAGGAGAAGAGCCUCCUCAAGAGCCGGAGCCACAGCAGGAGCAGGAGCAAAGGGGGCAGYCGCAGCCGGAGCCGCAGCAAAAGCAAAGACAAGAGGAAGGGCAGGAAGAGAAGCAGAGAGGAGAGCCGCAGYCGCAGYCGCAGCCGCAGCAAGAGCGAGCGGAGCAGGAAGCGCAGCAGCAAGCGCGACAGCAAGUCAGGCGGCAGCAGCAGCAAGAAAAAGAAGAAGGAAGAGGACCGUUCGCAGUCCAGGUCGCCGUCUCGCUCCGUGUCAAAGGAGCGGGAACAUGCCAAGGCCGAGUCUGCCCAGAGGGAAGGCAGAGGAGAGAGUGAAGCUGCUGCCCCCAAGCCCGAGACCCGGUCCAGGUCGAGAUCCAAUUCCAAAUCGAAACCAAACCCGCCAUCAGAAUCACGCUCCAGAUCAAAGUCAGCUUCAAAAACCCGAUCUCGGUCCAAGUCUCGAUCCAGGUCUGCUUCCAGGUCGCCCUCCCGGUCUCGAUCUCGGUCCCACUCAAGGUCCUAACUGGCUACAACCACGGCUGGAACUACCCGGGAAGUCUUUUGUACAUGUUUGGUAGCCGUAGCACAAGUGAUUGAAGUAGAACCUACGUCACUGCUGUACAUUUUUAACUCCCCUAAUGGUGUGUCUAUAAUUGUUAAAUCUAAGUGCUUCCUCUCAGUAAAGCCUCCUGGCGCCAGGCCUUCCUGCUCGACUGAAAAAAAAAAAAAAAAAUCUUUAAAACCCCCUUCCCUCAUGGCCCACAGUAGAAUAUCCAAAAUGCCUCGGCUCUCAGGCCUGGCCUUUCCCACAGGGAGCUCGGCACCUGGACGGCUUUAAGGCUGGAAUGAUGGCAUAGGUAGGUAUGGUGAGUUCAACCAUUUUUGCCCUUGAAUUGACUCCCUUUGAUGUAUGCCAUUUAGUGAAAGUGCUAAGUCUUCAGUUUCCUACCAUUUUGGUUUCAUAUUUUUGGACCUAACAAAGUUGUGAAUAGCA